CACGUCGUGUCGAGUGAGACGGUUGACCAGCGCGGACAUAGAAACUUCUACACAGUGACCUCAACCCAUGGUCUAAUAUAGUGUGGUUUGUUUCGCAGUGGUCCGUGUUAAACUGACUAAAGGAAAAAGGACAAUCCUGAGGAUGGAAAAUCUUGUGGUAAUCUGUUGGCUGUUCGUGGUGGUCACGGCCUUCGAUCUCAAUAACCCGAAAACCAACCUUGACAGUGUCACCAGAACAACGGGAUCAUUGGAUCCUAGGGUUAGCACAGUGAACUAUAUCAAUGGAACCAUUUUAAUCCGAUUCGAAGACUCGGGGUUACAGAAAGUCUUCUUGUUAGAAGGAUUCAACAUCGCAAGAAAGGUUCCCAAAUCGUUCGGUUAUCUGUCCCUGUCCAGGGAAUUUCUAGUCUACAGGAAUUAUAAAACGGGGGAAAUAUUGGAUGUUUUCGAGAAUCAUGCUACACAGACAGUAAAUGAAGUUUUUGAUAUUCAUAACGACCCCGUGAACGCCAAUUUUACUUAUGGACCGAUCACUCCAUUUGUCGUGUUGGAGAACGAUCGGGUUGCUUUUAAUGACGAUAUCUUGCUUCAGUACCCAAACGUGUUGGAUCCCAAACACUAUCCUCGAUUUACAGCAGGUCCGACCUAUGAGGCUGAUGAAUUAUUUCAGUUUUAUACCCGAUACAGUACCCUGGCCGACACACAGAUUAAUGAUCUUAACUACACUAGCACCUGGGGAAGAAGAUCUCAAUUCCUUCCCUGGUUGGAGUUUGGUCCUCAACCGGGACAUAUGUACUACAUAUCAACCAACUGGAAGUGUUUGAAUGGUCUAGCUGACGUUCCAGAUGAUAUAAUGGCGAUAGUAAAAAGCAAAUACCCGCAAUUUAUGGACGCACCAAGAUCCUACGACGUUCCCAACCAAACUUCGUGGUCUAAUUUUAAAGCUGUUAUUGACCAGAGACGCAAAGAUGGACAACCGGAUAUUAUCAUACCGGAUGUUAAAAUCGUCCCAAACCUACGAACCAAAACGGAACAUCUUGAUCCAAGACUCUACGAAAGCUUGGCAAAACUUGAUUCCUUUCAGGUGGUGUUUACUGGUCGUGUGUAUUCUGAAAUACCAGGUCAGUAUUCCAAGAACGUGUUCAAAGUAAAGGGCGUUCUGACAUGCAAGGUCGGACUGACGCCAGGUGGACCGCAGCUUCUGGUCAAUGUUACAGGAUCUUACAUGGAUCCUAAAACCGAGAAAGUCUUGAAAAUGUGGAAGAAUCCUUUCACGAAUCAAACUAAUUAUGUUCCGCCUCUACAAGGGGUGUAUCAGAAGACACUAAUGCUUGGAGAUGAUUCGGUGUGGUCUCUGCCGGUACCUAAUCUGGGAGAAACAGCCUUGGUCGGUUACGAUUCCUUCUCAUACUAUGACAACGCAACUGGAACCGAGCAGUGGGCGGUUAACCUGGUCGAUGUGUUCUUUCCGGACGAGAAUCUGGAAUCGAAUGAUCCGUAUUUCUAUGGAACGUGGAUGAAGUUUAGUUCGUGGUUGGGAUGGAUGAACAUGGAUGGUCUAGAAGGCAAUCUGGUGUGGAGGAUGAACGUAGAAUUAAAAAGACCUCAAUUAUUGAAAAGUCAUCUGGUAGGAAGGGAAGAUACCAAAAGAGACUUAUUGUAGUUGUUCUGUUAAUGUAAUAAAUAUAUUUGGC